GACGAAAUUCACUUUAUCUAACGGGUCGGAUCACCCUGCAAUCCACAUUAUAAAGUUACUAUUAGCAAUAGUUCGAUUUUCAGGCGAAUCAACGUCGAUUGAGUACUUAUUUUCAGUUGAUAAUCCGCCGUCAGAUUAUUUGUUGGUCUAUCAUAGGAAUCUUGAUGUCCCGAAAGCGUAAUGCUAUUGUUGCCACUGGCUUAUUGGCUUUUGCAUCUGCAGGCUUGGCGUUUCCCUUCUACAUGGCAUCGAGGUCAUCAAGAACACCUGUGAUAGAUUCAUCAAAGCCACUGCCACCUCAAGCAACUUUCCGAGGACCUUACAUUAAUACCGGUUCACGUGAUGUUGGGCCUGACCAUCAAACUUAUACAAAAAAGUAAAAAUUUUCAUUUCAAUGCAGAAUAUUUGUAUUUUGCAAUUAAUAUGCUGACUUUCUAAGUGCAAUUUGUGUGACCUUUGAAGUAAAGAAAUGUUGCGGGAUUCCCUUCACAGUGGAUGUCUUUAGAGAAUGUACAGGGUCAAUCUGGUCCUUAAUUCUUGCCUUGGUAACGUUUGGUUUAUCAUUCAUUUUUCAUAUGGAAGGAUUGGCAUACAGAA